AUGCCAAAGUUAGUCCUUAUCAGACACGGUCAAUCCGAAUGGAACGAGAAGAACCUAUUCACCGGUUGGGUCGAUGUUAAAUUGUCCGCCGUUGGUGAAAAGGAAGCCGCCAGAGCCGGUGAAUUGUUGAAGGAAAAGAACGUCAACCCAGAUGUUCUUUACACUUCCAAGUUGACCAGAGCUAUCCAAACCGCUAACAUUGCUUUGGCUAACGCUGACAGAUCCUGGAUCCCAGUUGAAAGAUCUUGGAGAUUGAACGAAAGACACUACGGUGCUCUACAAGGUAAGGACAAGGCCGAAACCUUGGAAAAGUACGGUGAAGAGAAAUUCACCACCUGGAGAAGAUCUUUCGACAUCCCACCUCCAGAGAUUGAGGCCUCCUCCCCAUACUCUCAAAAGAACGACGAGAGAUACAGAGACGUUGACCCAAAUGUCUUGCCACAAACUGAAUCCUUGAAGUUGGUCAUCGACAGAAUGUUGCCAUUCUGGCAAGAUGUCAUCUCCAAGGACUUGUUGGAAGGUAAGACCGUCUUGGUCACCGCUCACGGUAACUCUUUGAGAGGUUUGGUUAAGCACUUGGAGAACAUCUCCGAUGAUGACAUUGCCAAGUUGAACAUCCCAACUGGUAUCCCAUUGGUCUUCGAAUUGGAUGAGAAUUUGAAGCCAUCUAAGCCAUCUUACUACUUGGACCCAGAAGCUGCUGCUGCCGGUGCCGCUGCUGUUGCCGCUCAAGGUAAGAAGAAAUAA